AUGACGACCGGUGAGCAAAACGACCCGUGGCGUGACGUCAAAAUCGAGCGCAUUGAGCAACUCACGCCACGCAUCAAGAGCGUCUUUCUCGAACUACCAGCACUGACUUCGCACCGCGCGGGUCAGCACGUCAAUGUACGGCUGACCGCUCCCGAUGGUUAUGCCGCGCAACGCAGCUAUUCCAUUGCAUCGGUGCCAGGCGCAGAUACCGUCGAGCUCAUCAUCGAGAAGCUCGACGAUGGUGAGGUGUCACCUUUUUUCCAUGACAUCGCUGAGGCGGGCGAAAGUAUCGAAGUACGUGGGCCGCUCGGUGGGCACUUCGUCUGGGGGCCGGCCGAUGGCGGGCCGCUGUUGUUGAUCGCGGGCGGUUCCGGCAUCGCGCCGUUGAUGGCGAUGGUGCGCGCGUGGGCCGCAGACCUCACAGCGGUAGUGGCGCAGACGGUCGCCACGGUCGAAGUGCCGCAGGUGCCGAUGCCCGUGCUGUUGGUCUGCUCCGCACGCACCCCGGCUGACCUACCUUUCCGUGCCGAGUUGCUCGCACUCGAAGCAGCUCGGUCCGACUUCACCUUCAUCGCCGUGACUACGCGCGAGCCACCACCGCGGCCGACCGACCUGGGCCGACGGCUCGAUGCUGCUGCCAUCGCCAACGUGCUCGGCCGCUGGGACCACACACCUCGCCAUGUCUACGUAUGCGGCGCCAAUCGGUUCGUCGAAGCCGUUGCCAACGGACUGGUCGAUGCCGGCAUACCUGCGGCCCGCAUAAAAACUGAGCGGUACGGCGGCGCAUAA